AUGUUGCUCAAGCCUGCGACACCCCUCACCGUCUUGCUACUGAUCGCAUUUGUGCUGUUGCUACUCUCCUGUCUUUCGACUCCUAUCGUUAAAGGCAUCCCCCUAGCAACUUUCAAAGAUGUCGAUUAUGGCGUCUUUGGAUAUUGUAAGGGUAGCACCUGCACCAAUAUCCAUGUGGGAUAUACUAGCAAUGAUAUAAGUAGCACCGGCGAUGACUUCAAUCUCCCCUCCGGCACUCGAAAGUCGCUCUCGUCGAUUCUUAUCAUUCACCCAGUCGCCGCCUUCAUGACCCUGAUCUGCCUCUGCUUAGCUUUCGCGGCCCACUUCCAUGCUCCCUCCCACUCGCCGCGCUUCCUAUUAGCUCUUCUGAUUUUGCUUCUGCCCACACUGCUCGUGACUCUCUUAGCAUUCCUGGUCGAUAUUUUGCUCUUUGUGCCGCAUCUAGGAUGGGGUGGUUGGAUUGUCCUGGCGGCGACCAUCAUUCUCACCUCCUGCGGAGUGGUUACAUGUGCCAUGCGCCGAACCCUUGUGAGCCGAAAGGCGAGGAAGCUCCGAAUCGCGGAAAAUGCUGAGAUGAGUGGCGAGAAUUACUACAACCGACAGAACGCCGCAGCUGCGAUUGCGGCCCCUGCCCCGGUCCCUGCUCCGGCCCAUGUCGAACCCAAAGAUGCCUUGGUCUCCACUUCUCUUACCUCCGACUCCGGCCCUACAUUUGCAACCUUCCAAACGGAAAGGAGCAAUAGCGAUGAUGAUCGCAUUCCUCUCAACUCGCGGACACCACCCCCAGACAAUCGCGGCACUCCAUACCGCUCUCAGCAAGAUGAAUUAGGCAACAUGCCACCUCAGGGCUCGGAUCCCUAUGGCGCUGGUCAAAUGUCUCGUAAUCCCUCUGAUCCGCGGAUCCGUCCCCAAUAUUCAGAUGGCAGCAUGGGCUCCCGGAGAGGAGGAGCACCACCUGGCUUCAAUGGACGCGGACGCGGUGGAUAUCCUCCCCGGGGUGGACGCGGAGGACCAUAUAUGGGGCCUCCUCGCGGGCCUUCCCCUGGCGCUCGGGGUGGCUAUAUGGGGCCCAUGUCAGCUCGUGGAGGCCGCGGUGGAAUGCCGCCUCGAGCACCACCGGGUGGUUAUGGUCCCGGUCCAGGCCCCAAUCGCGGCUAUGACGCAUACGCUCAAUCUGCAUCGCCUCCUCAGGAUGGCUCCUAUGGUUAUGGACCGCGGCAGGGACAGAUGCGCCAGCCAUCCCCCGGUCCCAUUGGAAUGGCCGUGUCACCUGAGACGGUAGGCCAGGCCAUUGAGAUGACGCCGCAGAAUCGACCACAGUACGAUAUGUAUGAGUCAACCCAGCCAAUGAGCAGCGUACCGCAAGCGCUCACAGCUGAGAACCCCAACGCUCCUCUUGAAAGUCCAACAAGCAUGUAUAGCCGACCCGAUUCAUACAUUCCUCCCCGAUCGGGCUGGGGUGCAAAUGACUAUAGUACCCCGCGACCGAACGGUCAGCAGACCAACAGCACUGGUGCUACCUACUACGAAGACGUGGAUCCUCGAUUCGCUCGCCGACCAUCGCCGGCCAAUGAUUCUGCAAUUCCCCCAUCUCUAACGCCUGGACCUGGCCACUGUACGUGCUUUUCUAUGAAACACUCGUGUUGA